AGAGAAGACUGGUAGGCCAGCAAGUGCAGGUUGUUCUUUCAUUAUCUGAGUGAAAUAGGUUUGUGCAUGAUUGUGGUGCAAGUGAGUGCCUGCAAUGGAGUAUGCGUACCCGCCCCAGAUGGUACAUGGUGAGCAUGUCACCCUUGUGGACCGAGUAGUGGAGUUUCGCAGAUGCAGAGAUGUGCCUUUCUUGAUCUUAUUUGUUGCCUUCUGUGCUGGCAUGCUAGUAGUAGCCUCCAUUGGCUAUAGCCAGGGAAAACCUCAAAGGCUUCUGUAUGGGCUGGAUUACAAGGGUAAUUUAUGCGGUUCAAAGGAUGCAUCCCCAAGUCUGAAAGGGUUCAAUGUCAGGUAUUGGAUCAAUCCGAGGCAGAUGAUAGAGAGUGCGGACCCAAUUCUCUCACUGAGCUUGCGCGAUGCCCGCGCAAUUUGCCUCAAGGACUGUCCCGAGGUCGGUGGACGCAAUGACACAGUGGCGUGGGUGUGUGAUUACCCUGAAGUAAGUCAGACCAACUCCUCACAUCCUCUGCAUCAACUAAGCAUGGACGAUUGGUUUAAUCGGACAUACGACUACUAUGCUUUGCUGGACGAAGAGCAGCAGCAAUCGUCCCUUGAUCUUCGUGGACCGUGUUACCCGGUCCUGAUCAGGACCAAAUCCGUCUUCUGGAGCUGUCAACCUGACGACAAUGUAAGCAGCGAGGCAUACAAGAUAUGGAAUGCGAUUGGAGGGGCCAAUAUCACUCUCCAAGACGUACCGAUAUGGUCGUCGGUCAGCCGGUUCCUCAGCUCGCCCGCAGCUGUCUUAGAACGAUAUGUAGCGGAUCUCGGCAAAGCAUGGCCGGUGCUGAUCGUUUGCGCCUCAAUUAUUCCUUUCAUCUUAUCAUUUACAUGGCUUGUUUGCGUCCGAUUCUUCACAAGGAUAACUGUCUGGUCGACAAUCAUACUGGUGAAUGGUGUAGGUCUCCUUGUUGUUCUGUUGUUCUAUGCAAAAGGGGGAUGGUUGGAUCAGAAUGCAGUGGAAGCAGUUGUGGGAGAUGACGGAGCUGCACAGGUUCUUGGGUUCACAGGACAACAGCCUGAGCGCAAAGAUCUGCGAAUCAUGGCCGUAAUCUUGACAGUGCUUCUUGGCAUACUCUUUGUCUUCACGAUGGUCAUGAUUCGACAUCUGCACUUCGCAGUCGCCAUCCUCAAGGAAGCAUCGCGGGCUAUGGCCGCCAUUCCUUCCCUUCUUGUUUUCCCCUUCUUUCCCGUCGUAAUCACGGUGUUGUUCGGAAUCUUCUGGGUCUCCGUCGCGCUUUCCCUGUUCAGCGGAGGCGAUGUCAAGCAACGCUUGUGCACCUACUCUGGAGAGUGCUGCGCCUAUAGUGUCCCCCAGCUCGAGACCGUUUGCGGCCCUGAGAACUGUUGUGGAUACGAGAUCAAGUAUAACACCCGACUCAAGUGGGCUAUGGUCUACCAUAUCUUCGGUUGCUUCUGGAUCUUGCAGUUCAUUGUUGCUUGUUCCUUAACGAUCAUCGCUGGGGCAGUUGCAAGCUUUUAUUGGUGCCACAGUGACCAUUCCACACUGCCCUACCAUCAAGUUACCAAGGCGACACGGCGGACGUUUUUCUAUAGCUUGGGUUCGAUCGCUCUUGGCUCCCUCAUCGUCGCCGUCGUGGAGAUGAUCCGGUGGGUUUGUGACUACAUUCGUAGAAAGCUGCUGUCGGAUGACAAUAGUCUAAUCCGGUAUGUAUGUUGCUGCACAGAGUGUUGCAUAGUGUGCCUCGAUUACAUUGUGAAGUUUGUGAGCAGGAAUGCAUACAUCAUGAUUGCGAUCAAAGGGUACAGCUUUUGUGAGGCAGCAGCAAAAGCCUCGGUGCUUAUAGUAAACAACAUUCUGCGAGUGGCAGCAGUCAAUGUAAUUGGCGAUUUCAUACUGUUUCUGGGGAAGAUCUUAGUCAGCUUGGGAUGUGCGUUCUUCGCCUUCCUGAUGCUGGAAGAUAACAGGUACCAUGAGGGGAGGUACAAGAUCACCAGUCCUCUUGCACCCGUUCUCUUCUGUAUGGGGGUAGGCUACAUUGUCGCCUACAUCUUUUUUGGAGUUGUGGAGAUGGCGGUGGACACAAUACUGCUUUCAUUUUGUGAGGACUGUGAAGAAAACAAUGGAAUUCCACGCUUUGCCCCUAUGCGCUUAGUCCAGGCUCUCCGCGCAGCGCAAGAGGAGCAUGAAGAACGCAUUGCAGAGAGGGAGCGGAGGCAGAGGAGGAAAGAAGCCGAGUCUCGCAUUCUGGCAAUGCCUGUUCCUCAUAUUCCCCGAUGAACCAGUCUUCUUCCUUUUUUUCUGCGCUGCUUCUGUCUUGUCUCCCCCACCCCCUCCUCCUACGCCUCUUUCUUCUUCUUCUUCUUCUUCUUCUUCUUCUUCUUCUUCUUCUUCUUCUUCUUCUUCUGAUGCUGCUGCUGCUGCUGCUUCCGUUUAUGUCUUCUUCUGCUGCUGCGUCUGUCUUCUUCUUCUUCUUCUUCUUCUUCUUCUUCUUCUUCUUCUUAUGUUUAUUCUUCUGUGUUUGCCUCUUUGCGUUGAUUGCACAAUCUCCUGUUUUUAACCUGCCAAAUAGCUUUUGGCACACAUUGCCUCACAAUUUUGCGCAGCUGCCAACCCCUGUGGUGCUUUGAACGGCUUUCUAUUUUUAGAAUGCUUCCGCGCUGGGGGAAGGAGUGAUUUUGGAGGGAGUAAUUUGGGGCAGAGCUUUGUUUGAAGAUCAGUUUAGACUGUAGAGCCUUUGGACUUCUCGACUUGUGUUAUGUGCUUUGUGUUUGUAUGUAUUGUGUGUGUGCAUCCGCUCGUCCACACCUGUGUGGAAGUUAACAGAACUCCAUAGACCGUUAGCAGUACAAGGGGAAAGAGCGGUAGUGCUUGCCUCCUUGUUAUGUAUAUGCCACAGUUAUUGCACUUGAAAGUAGCAGAAGCUUCACAUUGCCCGUAAAUAGAAUUAAUUCUUUUUCUCAAGCCAAGCCAACCAAAUCCCCAGUGCUGAUCGCACUCCUCCUGAGAUGGCACAUCAUCAACAUUGGCAUAGCCAACAUCGUCAUCACCGUCAUCAUCGUCGUCAUUGUCAUCGUUGUCAAGCGUGCACACAAGAUCACUUCUGUCAGUAUGCUUGAUUUCUCCUUUAAGAAGACAAUAUUUACGCUGUUACGGCUGAUGACCAAACAAAUUAUCAUCAAAAUG